GAGGUGCAAAAUAAAUAAAUAAAUAGAAAUAAAGAAACCAAACCUUGUAUGGUGGACAGAAUUUACCUGAGAGCUAGUCUAGUGUUUGAGUAUACGGAUAUCCUUGAUAGCUGUCUUUUGCUUUUCAGACCAUGCUGAGGAUAUCCUGAGAGCUACGGAUGCAUAAUGGGUCUGUUGCUUUAGGACCUGAUGACCCUCAAUGAUGUGGCUGGGGACUUCAGGGGAGAAGGGGCACUACUUACAGAAUCCUCUUCAGGGAUAUGACCCAGCGCCGUUAGAAGAAUGGGCUCUCAAAGGGAUUUCUAGACCAAGUGUCAUCUCCCAGCUGGAACAGAAAGACAAGCCAUGGCUCCUACCACUCCAACAUUUUGAGGCAAGGGAGAUCCUAAAGGAAAGUCACCCAGACUUGGAGAAUCAGCUGGAAAAACUCCAUCAGGAUGUUUCUGAAACAGGAGGACAACGCGGAACAUCCUCAGAAGGGGCGAAUAAAGAUGUUUAUCAGACUCCUAGCUGGGGAGGAAGCUGGGAGAGGGGCCUUGAAUUAGAACCUGAAACCCUUCCAGGGAAGGGCCAUCGGGACAAGGAUUUAAACAAGCUCCUGGAGGGAUAUGCAGGAAAGAAGCCUGUGUGUGCAGAAUGUGGGAAAACCUUUAACCAGAGCUCCUAUCUCAUUAGACACCUGAGAACCCACACCGGCGAGAGGCCUUAUAAAUGCACCGAGUGUGGGAAAGGCUUCAAGCAGAGUUCAGACCUCGUCACCCAUCGCAGAACACACACUGGAGAGAAACCCUACCAGUGCAGUGGGUGUGAGAAAAAAUUCGGCGACAGCUCAACACUCCUCAAACAUCAGAGGACCCACACAGGCGAGAGGCCCUAUGAGUGCCCAGAGUGUGGGAAGACUUUUGGGCGGAAGCCACACCUCAUCAUGCACCAAAGAACCCACACCGGAGAGAAGCCCUACACGUGCCUCAAAUGUCACAAAAGCUUCAGUCGAAGCUCCAAUUUCAUCACCCACCAGAGGACGCACACAGGGGUGAAGCCUUACCGGUGUGAUGACUGCGGGGAGAGUUUCAGCCAAAGCUCGGAUCUGAUCAAGCACCAGCGAACCCACACCGGGGAGCGGCCCUUUAAAUGCCCCGAGUGCGGGAAGGGCUUCACGGACAGUUCCCAUUUCAUCGCGCACAUGAGCACGCACUCGGGAGAAAGGCCAUUCAGCUGCCCCUCCUGCCCCAAGAGUUUCAGCCAGAGCUCCCAUCUGGUCACGCACCAGAGGACGCACACUGGCGAGCGGCCUUUUAAGUGUGACAACUGUGGCAAAGGGUUCGCCGACAGCUCUGCCCUCGUUAAGCACCAGCGGAUCCACACGGGAGAGAGACCCUACAGGUGUGGCGAGUGCGGGAAGAGCUUCAAUCAGAGCUCCCACUUCGUGACCCAUCAGCGGAUCCACUUAGGAGAGAGGCCGUAUCCGUGCCCCGAGUGUGGCAAAACCUUCAACCAGCGUUCCCACUUCCUGACACACCAGAGAACGCACACAGGAGAAAAACCUUUCCACUGUAGUAAAUGUGACAAGAGUUUCCGUCAGAAAGCACACCUUUUAUGCCAUCAAAACACUCAUUUGAUUUAGGAAAUAAUCUUUAGUGGUUUUGCUGCUCCCUUCCAAAAAUUUAAAAUAUAUAUAUAUAUUCCUAUUGACUUCAGAGAGAAAGAGAGAGAGAGAAAGACA